AUGCCAAGCAUUGGUGUGAAAUUAUACAGCGUCUUCUUCAAAUUAAUGCUCAAGCAUCGCCUGCAGAGCCGAUUGCAGGCGCCGGAAAACGAUGCUGGCGGCGGCUCCUUCGGCGUUACCUCGCGGCCGGAUGAGGAGGCCGCCGCCGCCGCUAAUCCAUCCUUUACCGACGGCGUCGCCACCAAGGAUAUCCACAUCGAUCCCGUGACAUCUCUUUCUGUGCGUGUUUUCCUUCCCGAUACUUGCCUCCAUUCCCCCGAGACACGAGCGAGAUCUGGAACUGGGUUAUCGAGCCCCGGAUCAGAUCCAAACCAAGCCUUAACCCGCCGGUACAGCUACGGAUCUUCUGAUGGCAUGGCUGUCUCCGGCAGCAAUGGUGUGGCUGUGAGGCGCGCCCAGAACGCCGACAGCAGAAGAAAUAGCUAUGGGUGUAGCAUUGAUGACAGUAUGGUAUCGGAUAACGGGAUCUACAGAGGGUACAAUCCGGUCGGCCAUAACCGCCGCCGGCUGCCCGUGAUGCUGCAGUUCCACGGUGGGGGUUUCGUUAGCGGCAGCAAUGACUCAGCGGCAAAUGAUUUCUUCUGCCGGCGGAUCGCAAGGCUGUGCGAUGUGAUUGUGCUGGCGGUGGGGUAUAGGCUGGCGCCGGAGGAUAAGUACCCUGCGGCAUUUGAGGAUGGGUUCAAGGUGGUGCAUUGGCUCGCGAAACAGGCGAAUCUGGCGGAGUGUAGCAAGACACUGGGGAGCUCGAGAGCGGGAGGAGGCGUGGAUUUGAGGAGGUCGGAGGGUAGCUGGCAGGUUUCGGAUGCGUUUGGGGCUUCCAUGCUGGAGCCAUGGUUAGCUGCUCAUGGGGAUCCAUCCAGAUGCGUACUCCUUGGCGUGAGCUGCGGUGCAAACAUAGCCGACCACGUGGCUCGGAAAGCGGUGGAAGCCGGCCGGCUUCUUGACCCGGUCAAAGUAGUUGCUCAGGUCCUAAUGUACCCCUUUUUCAUUGGGAGCACUCCCACGCGUUCGGAGAUCAAGCUCGCGAAUUCCUACUUCUACGACAAGGCCAUGUGCAUUCUCGCGUGGAAGCUAUUCCUGCCGGAGAAUGAGUUCAGCCUGGACCACCCGGCAGCCAACCCGCUGGUCCCGGGCCGGGUCGGCCCGCCCCUGAAGAGGAUGCCACCAACGCUGACAGUAGUGGCGGAGCACGACUGGAUGCGGGACCGGGCCAUCGCCUACUCUGAGGAGCUGCGCAAGGUGAAUGUUGACGCGCCUGUCCUCGAGUACAAGGAUGCGGUCCACGAGUUUGCCACGCUGGACAUGCUGCUGAAGACGCCACAAGCCCAGGCGUGUGCAGAGGAUGUUGCUAUCUGGGUCAAGAAGUAUAUAUCGCUAAGGGGUCAUGAGUUCUCAUACUGA